GCAGCAAAUCAAGCGCACCUCAGGCUCCGGGCGGGACUUCCUUUCGCCCGCGGAUGUCACAUCAGGGUCGGCCAGGCUGAAAGGGCUUGGUCUGGGUGUCACCGGUUUGUGCGCGAGCCUCUGGACUGGACGGGCUGGCAAACUGGCCGACGCUGGAGCCCCGCAGAUGAGCCUCCUUCCUCGGAUAUGCUGUCCUGAGAGCGCCGCCGCACGAUUCCUCCCGACAAAAUGUCUGAUGUAAACAAGACUAUCCAGAAAUGGCACGCCAGUUUUAGGAAGGGCUCAGACUUUGACUCGUGGGGGCAGUUAGUGGAGGCGAUAGAUGAAUACCAAAUUCUAGCAAGGCAAAUACAAAAAGAGAUUCACACAACAAGUUCCACAGAUUUUACAGAAGAGCAGAAGAAAACUUUAGGGAAGAUUGCAACAUGUCUGGAGAUGAGAAGUGCGAGUCUGCAGUGCACACAGUCAAAGGAGGAUUUCAAAUUAGAAGACCUGAAAAAAAUAGAAUCCAUAAUAGAGAAUAUUCUUACCUAUAAUAAAGAAUUUCCUUUUGAUGUCCAGCCAGUUCCCUCAAGGAGAAUCCUCGCUCCAGGAGAGGAAGAGGAUCUCGAUCUGGACGAUGAUGAGGAUGCGGGGGCGUGUGCGUCCGAGGCUUUCGCGUCACGAGCUCCUGCUUCUCAAGGUACCUUGUUACCACGGUUACCCUCGGAGCCUGGCAUAACACUACUCACAGUAAGAAUUGAGAAAAUUGGGCUGAAGGAUGCCGGGCAGUGCAUCGACCCCUACAUGACCGUCAGCGUCAAAGAUGUGAACGGCGUCGAUCUAAAUCCGGUGCAGGAGACGCCCGUCGCCACCAGAAAGGAGGACAACUACAUUCACUUCUGCGUGGAUGUGGAGAUCCAGAGACACGUGGAGAAGUUACCAAAAGGAGCAGCUAUCUUCUUUGAAUUCAAACACUACAAGCCUAAAAAGAAGUUCACCAGCACUAAAUGUUACGCUUUCCUGGAGAUGGACGAGAUCAAACCCGGACCGCUCGUAAUCGAGCUGUACAAGAAACCAACAGACUUUAAGAGGAAGAAACUGCAGCUUCUCACAAAGAAACCACUUUUCCUCCACCUUCAUCAGACGUUACACAAAGACAGCUAAGAUCUCAUCAGCAAUAUCCAAACGAGGUUUCCAUGAAUGUGAAGACAGAAACAGAAUCGACUCAUAUUUUUGCAUUCUUCGUUUGUUUUGAAGUGCAUUUCUUCAUUUUUUGUUAUUUUUUCUUUACCUUUUAAUUGAACCCUUGUGGUAUCUUGUGGGGUCCAGAUGAUCAUGUAAACAUGCUCAGCAUAGCACAAGGGUUACAGAAUCUUCAAACAUGUAUCUGCAGUGAUUUGAAAUGUUAAGGAAAUAUUAGACAUUUAUUUACAACAUUCAAAAUGUAACAUUUUGAAUUAAAGUUAGACCCCCCCGUUUUACAAACUUUUGGACUUUAAUGUCAGUUGAAUGAAGUUGUAUUUUUUUUCUAGCUUGAUGUGAGAAAAUACUGUUCCUUUCUGUUGACAAAAGUAAAUUUUAUGUUUUUCAAAGACUUGAUAAAUUGUAAAUAAUUUGGAUUGAAGGUGGAGAGUGUGAAGUGAGUUUUGUGUGUUUGGAGGAUAAGUUUACACUAAAAUAAAAAGUUUUCUGAAAUAUCGGACCAUAAUUUGACAAAAUAAAAGGUUUAUUAUCUAUCCUGGAUUUUAUUUUUUUAAUUAUUUGACUUUUAAACGCUUAUUAAAUUGUAUUAGGUUAGAAUGUGCAGCGAACAGCAUCUUAAAAUACUUAACAGUGCUUUAAGUUUUUAUUAAACACUUAAAUUUAACUCAAAUUUCAAAGGUUUUAUUUUGUUGAUCAGUGGGUUUUUUUAGCUUUUUGUGACAGAAAAAUCUUCCUCUUUGUAAUAUUUGCUUUGAGAUUUUAUUUUUGUAACAACUGUAAGCUGCACUAACAUGAACUAACCGUGAUGGAAAUGUUUUUUGUUCACAUGCUGAAGGGAAGUUGGACAUUUAUGGGUUUUAUUUUUAAUAAACCAGAAAAAAAGUG